GGUUUUUGCUGCUGGUCCGUCUGACAGCUCGAUGAUCGCACGGUGGAGGUCUGGCUGAGGAGCUGUGCGCAGCAUGGGCACCGGGGAUUACAUCUGCGUUACUCUGCGUGGUGGUGCUCCCUGGGGAUUCACCCUGAGAGAGGGAGAGGGGGACACCUACAGACCUUUCUUAGUCUCCCAGGUAGCAGCAGGUGGUCGUGCCUUCCUGGCGGGAGUCUGUGAAGGUGAUGAGGUCGUGUCACUCAACGGAGAGCCGUGUGCAGAUCUCACUCUUUUACGAGCCUUGGCGCUGAUCGACACAUCGAUCGACUGUCUUCAGCUGCUUGUGAAGAGAUACUGCUCCAUCCCCUCAGAAGAAUCUGAGUCAGAAGAGACGCUCUGUGUGGAGAGGGACUCCUCUGGUGAGGCUUUAGAGAGCACCACCCUCCACAUCUUCUCCCCACAGCACAGCUCCCAAAGUCCAAGGGAACUCUACAUAUCCGAGUCCCGGGAUGAGGCCUACUAUGGGGAGUUCGGGAGCGACGCAGAGGUUCCCAAGGGACCCCAGCUGCUUUACACUCAGCUACAUACUCCCUUGCCUGGAGGUCGGAGAGGCCGGGAGCCUGUUUGUAAGGAAGAUGAUGAAGAAGCACGGCGGAGCUUCUCCCCUGGGAACAUGGUGGAGCUCCAGGUGUCCCUGUCUGAGCAAACCUUGGACGGUGUGGGCUGCACCUCUCUUGGGAGCGCUCACGGGAUAGAGGGACAACUCUCAAACAGAGAGGCCGUCGAGAAGAUCCACACCACCACUGCGUCGCACUACGUACCGUGUUCUGCCAGACAGCCGCUCGGCCAGCACGGAGUGGUGCUCAGCUCUCAUUCGAUGCUGGGGCAGGUGGAGGUCAUUCUACAGCAGCCGGCAGCAUCGGGAGCAGGGAGGGGCAUCCUGAGUGUGGGAGGCCCCAGGGUCAGUGGAAGUGUUGGAUCCCAAAGCGAAGGAGAAGAAGGAGGAGGGCCCUGCGAGGGAGUUCCUGGGUCUUUCACCGUCUCCUUUGGAAUUCCCUCAGAAGAGGCGACACCAGCAGGAGAGCAGGACUCUGAGACGGAGGGUGACCCAGACAAACCCAACAAGCAUCGGGCAAAACACGCCAGGCUCAGGCGCAGCGAGAGUCUGUCUGAGAAGCACGUGAAGGAGGCCAAGUCCAAAUGUAAACGUAUUGCUCUCCUUCUAACGGCUGCUCCACCCAACCCCAACAACAAGGGGGUGUUGAUGUUCAAGAAACAUCGGCAGAGGGCCAAGAAAUACACACUUGUGAGCUACGGCACAGGAGAAGACGAACCAGAGUACAGCGACGAAGACGACGAGGAAAACGAAGACGACACACAAGAAACCCACACUGUUGAAUUUACCCUUUUGGCUCCAAACGGUUCUGAAUUAGACAAGCAUUUCAUCACUAAUGCCCAUAGUGGCAAAGGUCUGCUAACUAUCAACUGGGACAAGGGUCUCCUUGAGAUUGAAAGGAACCUGAAUAACCAAGCAGAGAUGGAAUGUUUGCCUGAAACCAAGGGAAAAGGUGCCGUAAUGUUUGCCCAACGGCGUAUGAGGAUGGACGAGAUUUCUGCUGAACAUGAUGAGCUUCGGCGUCAGGGGAUUCCUGUGGAAGCAGUGCCGGUGGUUGAGAAGAAGAUAGAAGAGCACUCCUACAUGCAGUCCACCACAGAGAGCCAUGCUUACAUGGAUGUAAAUAUACAGCAACAAAGCCAACAACAACAACAACAACAACAACAACAACAACAACAGUACCAGCAAUAUCAGGAACAGCAGUACUAUGAGCAACAACAGAACUACCAACAACAACAACAUCAACAACAACAACAACAGCAGCUGCAGCAACAACAGUAUCAGCAGCAGCAGCAGUAUGAACAACAGCUCUAUCAACAACAGCAAAUGUAUCAGCAGCAGCAAGAAUACCAUCAAGAGCAACAGCAAAUGCAACACUAUUCUACAAACAUCAAUGGCACAGUCCAACAUCAAAACAGUGAAAUGCAGAGUUCUUUCAGUAAUCGUACUGCAAAGCCUUUCCCAGCAGGAAACAUGCCGGCUACCCCAUAUUCUCCCGCAAUGAGUGGGACCAAUCAAGAUUCUGUGGGCCAAGGAGAGCAGAUAGCCUCCCGCGAUGAGCGCAUUUCUACCCCUGCAAGUCGGACAGGUGUUUUAUCUGACGCAAGGAGAAGAAAUGCUGGCAAACCUAUGUUCACAUUUAAGGAAGCACCAAAAGUAUCGCCUAACCCAGCACUGCUAAACCUCCUCAACAAAAAGGAUAAGAAGAUUGGUUUUGAGUCAGGAGGCGAGGAAGACUACCUUAGCCUUGGGGCUGAGGCUUGUAAUUUCCUGCAAUCUCAACAAAUUAAACAAAAGAAUCCUCCACCAGUGGCUCCAAAGCCUGUGAUCAACCCCAACUCUCCUCCUUGGUCCCCACAGAUAGAAAUGACCAACCAGGACAUGCCUCAACAAGCUGAAAAUAGUGUUUUCACACCUGCUGUAGCCCCCACCAUAGAGACAACCCCUGCUCCAGAACUAGAGCCAACCCCUGCACCAGAACUAGAGCCAACCCCUGCACCUGCCCUUGAGCCCUCUCCCCCUCCUGCCCCCCAGGAGGCUCCUGCUGGCACCACCACAGAUCAACAGUCCACAUGGACUGUCCCAGAGAUUGAAUCUCAAGAGCCUCUGCAAGUGACGGCUCAGGAGGAAAAUGGUCAUAUGAAUGCUCCCCUGCAGCCUGAGCCUGCUCCUUGCUGGGCUCCAGCACAAACACCAGCACAACAGCCAUCUAACCCUAACCCUAACCCUAAUUAUUGGCAUCCAGCUCAAGUGCAGCCCCAGGAACCACCUCCAAGUCAGUCCCCACCACCUUGGGUGACACGUCAACCUGCUCAGACCCAAGUCCAGCCUCAACCCCCCACAAAUACUUGGACCCCUCAAAUUCAGCCAACCUGGGCCCAGCCUCAAGAGCAACCACAGUCUCAUUCCCAGGUUCAGCCCCCCUGGACACACUCUCAUGAGCAGCCAAAUCUGCAGCAGAUGCAACCAACUUGGAGUCAACCUCAAGAACCAAUGCAGCAGCCGCCCCAGGCUCCAUGGGCACAGCCAUCACAAACAGACUCUCAGCAUCAACCACCAUGGGUGCAACAACCGCAGCAAAAACCCCAAGCACAACCUCCUUGGGCUCAACAGGUUGAGCCAGAAUCUCAGCCCCAGCCACCAUGGGUUCAGCAACCACAGCACCAGGCCCCACAACAAGCUUGGCCACAGACCCAAGCAGCAGGUCAGCCUCAACCACCUUGGGUCUCAGGUCAGCCUCAACAGCAACCCUCACUGAAUGCAUGGCCUCCAUCACAAACUCAAGCCCAAGUUCAGCCACCUUGGACCCAAGCAGCCCAAGCACAACUUCCAGCGCAGCCUCAAGCCAUUUUGAAUCCAUGGCAGCCAGUACCUCCCCAGGCUCACUCCCAACCAUCAUGGGCCCAGCCCCCUUCAGAACAUGGUCAGCCCCCCAUGAAUUGUUGGGGCCAAGAGCAGAAUCAGGCCCAACCUCAACCGCCUUGGGCUCAAUCAGUUCCACCCCAGCCUACAUCACAGCCAAACUGGCAACAGUCCACUUCUCCGCCACAGCCACCAAUGAAUACGUGGCCUCCACCUCAGGCACAACCUCAGACAACUGUGAAUGCCUGGGCACCACAGCCACAGCAAACACCCGUGAAUGUUUCCACGUCAAUGGUGAACACUCGUCCCUCUCCAAAACCUUGGCAGUCUCCACAAAAUGCCCCACAAAGCCAGACCCCUCCACCUCCACCGCAGCGAAUGCACUCUUUCACCAUUGGUCAACAAGCUUCAUCACACAUUAACCCAAUGGCCAGUGUCUUAAACCCAGCAUCGCAAGGUUCAUCUUUUGACAUGCCAGCCGUCAGAGGGAAAGGAGCAGAUAUGUUCGCCAAGAGGCUGUCUCGAAUGGAGAAGUUUGUUGUGGACUCUGACACCGUGCAAGCAAACAAGGCAAGCCGGCCACCAUCGCCAGUUGCUUCCUUACCGAAUGAGUGGAAAUACACACCCAACGUACGUGCUCCUCCUUCGAGAUCAUAUAAUCCUAUGCAGUCCCCUUCUUAUCCCCCAGGAGCAACAAAGCAGCCCCCUUCAAAUAGUCCUUCAAUCAAAGCCAAGAAAAAGGAGAAACAAAAGCCUGCCCCUAAACCCCUCAAUGUUUUAGAGGUUAUGAGACAUCAACCCUAUCAACUCAAUUCCUCACUCUUUACCUAUGGCCCAGCAGUAGAGGCUGCCAAGCCACCUGAACCUAAGCAGGACUGCUCACCUCCUAUCCCACCUGUUGAAAACCAACCAAUUAGAUAUGAGCAAAUGGCCCCCGCCCAGCCAGCUGGACCAUGUAAUGCCCCAUACCCCCAGCAAGGCUAUGGGAUGCCAAUGCAGCCCAUGCAGCCCAUGCAGCCCAUGCAGCCCAUGAUGCAUGAUGGCCACUACCCGCAACACCCAGCUAAUGUUUAUCCUCCCUCCAAUCCUUAUCAACCGCCCCCUGGUGGUCCAUACCAGCAAGCAUAUAACCAACAGUAUCAGCAACCUGCCCCACCUGCUUAUCAUCCUCAAGCCCCUCAGUCUCCAAACCAGGCCUACCAACAGGCCCCGCAGGCCCCUUACCAACCAGCUCAUAGCCCUCCCUACCUGGCAGCUCCCUCAGUACCUUACCAGCCACAGCCUUCCAGUAGCUUUGUUGCUCCCAGUUUUCCUGUAGCUGCAAGGCCUGAAUCUGCAUUAGGUGGCAUCCCUGGAGCUGCUCCUAAACCUAAGUUUACAGCUAAAAAGAGCUCAGCUCAGGUGUGGAAGCCCACAGCAGUUGAUGAAGAGUGAUUCUGGUUCAAUCACGACAUGCUUGAGUCAAAGGGUUGAUGCUCUUGCAGUCCACUGCCAAGUGGACUAUUUUGAGCACAUAAAGUUGCAUUUGCAAUGUCUAUCGUCACAUCCACCUGCUCUUGUUACUCUUGUCAGAGGACAGAGCUUGAUGGGUUUCACAGUUUCAAGAGCUAAUGUGAAUAACAUCCCAAAUAAAUUAAGAACAUGAGAAUAAGAGCGGGAUGUAAGCUUAUCUUACCAGACACAAGGGAGACAAAAUAAACGUUAUAAAGCGUGUACAUUUAAUGUUUUUAUAGAGAAAAUUACUAUAAAUGAACAUACUUUAAUGUAAAAUAGUGUAGUAAGUGGUGGCAAUAUAAGAAUGUAGGGGGGCAAGAUGCUCAGUAAGAAUUGAAAGAAAGGAGUGACAAUAAAAUGAAAUCAGGGGUGAAGGUUAGCGGACAGUGACAACAGGAAUUAGAUUGUUGAAAAGAAGAAAAAUGCUAAAUGUGUCAAAUGAUAAACAGACAAAACCACUAUAACACAAUAUCGUUGAAUAAAAAUAAUGAAUUAAAGGAAUAAAAGUAAGUGAGGGAAGAGGGUUGGGGUCUGUGGGUUGUAAUGAUGCAGAGAUGAUGUAACAACUCUGGAGUUUAAAAUAAAGGCUGGAGAACACAGACGCACUUUACAAAAAGUGACAACUAGCACUGACUUAAAGUUCAAAUGUUACAUUACUGUAGUAAAGAAUUUAUUCCUUGGCUCUCCCCAGUGUCUUUUCCAUCGCAUCUACUUAUGUAGGUUAGUCUUAUUUUAAGCUUUUCACCAGCUGUUGCAUCAUGUUAGGUACUAUAUUUAAACUGCCUCAUGGGAGGGAGUGCUGAGGUCCAGAGAUAGUAGGCUUACAUUUCAACUUAAGCCAGUGAAAGCUACUAUACUUCAGACUCUCAUAGUACUUUUCCUGAUAAUAGACAAAUAUAGUAUUGCACACUCUUCAUACAUCUUCUCCUGCUUUUGUAUUGUAUAAAUAGAUGAUAAAUGAUCUGCAAAAGAAGGAUUAUUGAAAGGAUAAGCAGCCCAGUAAUGUUCACAAAUAUGUUUUUGGUACAGGGCUGAUUUAGUUCUUCAUGUUCUUCUCUUUUUCCUUUUCCUUUGUGUGUUUCUCUUCGUAGUGCACUUUCUGUAUGAUUCACUGCAGUGCCAUUAAAAUGUAUUUUAUCCUUA